AGAACAACAAUUCAGUGAGUCAAGGCAAACGACAGAGCUUUCGGUGUGCAAAUCAGCGUGGAAUUUGUGAAAUUUUCGAUACGUGUUUUAGAAUCCCAUCUUAAUGGCAUCAAACGCUGAACCUCGUUACAAAGAUAUCCUAUUCAUAGAACAGUAAUUUCUUUUCGUGUAAAACGUACCAGAUAAACUCAACUUUGAGUGCAAAGUUCAGAGUGAUUAACAGCCUGAAAAACAUUUGCGAGAGACGCAAUAAAUUGGCGAAAAUUAAACAAACAAUUUCUAUAUAUACUUCGUAUCUCGGUAUCUCAGAUAACAGUUGUAUCUAGAUGCUAUAUAGAUAAGCGCUUGUGAACACGAACACUUGACGAGUACAUUAAGCAUACGCCCGAUCUACACAAGUGGUAUCACUGAAGCAACAGCUGACCGUACCAAAAAAAAAAAAGAAAAAAAAAGAGAAAAACACUUCAAAGGCAUUUUGCCCCAAUAUUAUGUUCGUUCUGCCUGCGGUUGGUGCAACACUAACAGCAACAGCAGUGUCGAGAAAAAGCGGGAAAUCCAACAUCGCGUCGCCUAAGAACGUCAUGCAACAUUCGCCUGUCGUUGUCUUCAUGUGUGUGCAACAUUCGCAGCAGCAGGUUCCCAUGCUCAACAACUUUAUGUGUAUGCGUAUGCGCGGCUGGCAUAACAAUAAGUUUUAUUGCAACAAUUCAAUCAAUAUCGAGACCUCCACGAUCGGCACCGGCACUGGUGGCACUACGGGCACUAAGAUCCUACGACGCUCCAAGUUGCUACGAAAGAAGCGUGACUUUAACCGCCGUCGCUUUAGUCGCCGCACUUUCUUUUGAAACCGAUUCGAAUAAGUCAAAUAGUCACCGGAGAUAAGGAGCAACAAGGAUCAAGAUCAUAUUAGUGCCGUCAUCAUUGGAACCUGCUCAACGUGGCAGCAACAUGAUGGAGGUUUAAGGGGAACUUGUGUCGACGACUCUUUUAGAGCUUGUUUAGAGGGACCCUAACAAUUUCAUUGUUUCUUUCUAACGGUCAAUUAAAACCACGUUCAAAAUGGCAUUCUCCGUCGAAGCCCAAACCAGCCAAGCCAGGCCCAAGAGCGAAUCAAACAACAGCAACCCAAUCAACCAGACCCAGAGCAACACCAGCAACAUCCUUAAGAGCAACCCAGACCAUUGUGCUGCCGUCGAGACCAACAAACCACAACCACAGGGCAACGCCAACGAGGAAGGCUACCGAAAAUCCCAGAGAUAUAAUAUUGAUGAUCCAGGAGCCAGCACGAGUACAGGCGGCACCCACAUUCGAGGCGACAAUCCGAGAGGACAACGCAAAAUACCAGGAGACGGCGGCUGGCGGGACAUACUCGUCGCCCAACUGCUCCUGCUCUCAGAGGAGAACGAGGCCAACGGAGCCUACGAAGGAUUCGCCUACGUCAACGAUCACCACAAUACCGAUCGUGAUAGACAGCAAGCCAAAUCCCAGAAUUCUGCUGAUCAGAGUGCCCACAAGCAACAGAGGCAGCAACAGCAACAACAACAGCAACAGCACUCGCAGCGGGACAGAGCACAGAGCGCCUCGAACUCGCAUCAUCAGAAUACCCUUUUUACCAGGGUCGGUACCAACGCGUCCGCCAUCCAACCAGGCCGCGCCUGCAACGAGUUCUUUAGUAAAUCCGAUAGGUUCGGCGAGGAGGUGCCGUAUCUCAACGUACCCCACGACUGGGACACUAACAUCCCGAUCGCAACCAGAAACGGUGGCAGGUUUACCGACUACGGCAAUGGUGAACCAAACGGUCCCGGUUUUAUCGAGCGCGCCUCAGACACAGACCCUGGCAGCCAUGGCUGGUAUCCAGCUGACAGGUGCGGACGAGCCGCCAUCCCGCCGGGAUGUGAGUGGAGCAAUGCCUACUGCCACAGUUGAAGAGAUAGACGUUCCGGUGUUCAUUGAUGAAUACCUGCAAGACAUAGAAGCAACGUCAUCGACGUGCAACAGCGAAAACGGAAAGGAGAUUUUUACUGAGACGGAUAUUCUUGACUUUGAUAUAAACAUGUUUGCCGAGGAGGAUCUGAUUGAGCUUGAGGGCAAGAAGACGGAUCCCUUCAGUCCGGCAAUGGACGGGAUGAACAACGACAACCUAGACGACGACUUUCUACAAUUGAAUGACCUGCUUAACGAGGAGGAGACUUUCGACAUGUCAUCGAUGUCCGGCGUCGGUAUCGACAUCAACCAGGAGCAGGAACUGGACUUCAUCAACAUAUUCCACAACUCGCAGCCAACGGCCAUGCUCACCAGCUCAGAGGACCCCUAUCUCGCCACCUACUCUCAGGCCACAUCCACAUCCAGCACCACCAAAUUCAUCACGGAGGAGCCCCUGCUCGCCGACAUGACCAGCUUCGACAUCAGCUAUACCAGCAGCCAGGAGCUCGGCUUCGGCCUUGUGGAGGACGUCAGCGGCAGUUUUGCCAGCAGUUGCAGUGACGUCGCCGCGGCCAUCCCAGCCCCCAUCCAACACCCCAUCAUUACCAACAUCAAGCGUUCUGCUCCGGCCCCGGUCGAGUCGCAGCCCACCAAGCGCAGCCGACUGAUGCUCCAGAUCAAAACCGAGCUAGCUCCAGCAUUCAGUCCGACCACACCGGAGAUUAUCAACCAGCUCCUGAAUGAUGAUCGGUUCGAGGCUCCCACCACAAGUACCAGUACCAGCACCAGCAACACUUCCAUCAGCAGCAGCACCCAUGCAGACAUCGUAGAGGAUCUACGCAGUGCCGAAGAGGAGACUACCACCGACUUCUCGGCGCCGAACACACCACACAGCAACUACUCAGCCAGCUCCAGCUGUGCGGCGCCCACCUGCCAGACCGGCUAUGGUGGCUUCCUCACUGCUCCCACCUCGCCCGCCUAUUCAACAGCCAGUACGUCCGUGUUCAGCCCUUCGCCAGCCAGCGGAAUCAGCGGCAAGCGGAAGCGCGGUCGCCCUGCCAAGGAUCAUGCCGACGGUCCCGAUCCCGUGCUCAUGUCAAGCAUGAAAAGCGAGGAGGAGAGGAAGGCCUACCAGGACAGACUCAAGAACAACGAAGCGAGCCGCGUAUCGCGCCGGAAGACGAAGGUGCGCGAAGAGGAGGAGAAGCGCGCCGAGGACACGCUAUUGGCCGAGAAUCUGCGACUGCGUGCCCGGGCCGACGAAGUGGCCUCCCGGGAACGGAAGUUCAAGAAGUACCUGAUGGAGCGCCAGCGGCAGAAGAGCACUUACGUUAAGCAGGAGCAGGACUGAGAUUCUCGUAGCCAUAGAAUAGAAAUUGCGGAGCAUAAGCCUGUCAUAGUACCUAUCGUCGUCAUCCAAUUGUUUAGUUAGUUAAGUUGUCGUUGAAGAAGUCGAGAAGCAGAAAUCAAAUUUCCAUUUCCAUGUGGACAUCAGUUAAGCCACUUAUUAGGCAUAGUGAUGGCGCCCAUAGUGCGCGAGGAGUGUUUAACUUUAAUUUUACUUUUAUUAUGUUUGAGAAAACUAAAAAAUUUUUAUACCCACGGAUAUGUUUUUCGUCCAAAGCGUAAUCAAAAAAAAAAAAAGCACAACAAAAAAAUGAUUACGAGUUCGUAUGUUUUAACCCCAUUGAUGAAC